AUGGCCAGAAGCAGGAAUCCAAGGAGCCACCACGUUGUCCAGUUAGACAAUUGUGGAGGAGGAAGUGGUGAGAAUGGCCGAAUUCUGCCUAUUUUGCUGGUGGAACCAUCAGGAUUUGCCGAAGGACCAAAGUACCGGCGCAUCUUGCUGCUGCACCGCGCGCUGCCCCUCGACCUCAAAGCCCUGGGCGACCAGUACGUGAAGGACGAGUUUAGGCGACAUAAGGCGGUUGGUGCUGACGAGGCCCGGCGGUUCUUGCAGGAAUGGGAGGCGUAUGCAGCAGUGCUAUGGCAACAAGCUAACGAAAACAGCCAAAAUUCAACUGAAAAAGCAUGUUUUGGAGCCGCCCUCCCAGAAGAGAAACUUAAUGACUUUCGUGAUGAACAAAUAGGACAGUUGCAGGAGCUGAUGCAAGAAGCCACUAAACCCAAUAGGCAAUUUAGUAUUACUGAGUCUGGGAAACCAAAAUGUUAGUCUGUACAAUAAAGCUUAACAAAAGCA